AUGUGCCGCGGUCGUUGCGGUGGUUGCUGCUGUUGCUGCAGUAAGGCGGGUUGCUGCUGUUUCGGCGGCUUUCUCUGCGGUUUCAUGCUCGCCCUUUUGGUUCUAUUAUCAGUUGUUAGCGUUGUCUUCGGUCUUCUGGCCCUGCCACUUGCAACAUGGGUGCAAGCUCAUCACGAGGUCCUGGAAGGGUUCUUGAACUGCACCAUCGCCGAGGUAAAGCUUGCCAACGAGACCGUGGAAGCAGAACUUCCUUUGGAGUGCCGUGAGCUCGCCUGGGAUGACUGUCAGGGCUGCGACGGGGACGAGGAUGGCGGAGACCCGAAGCUUGACAAAGAGUGCCGAUACUGCGGCUGCCAGGUUGUCUAUGUGCUGGAGAGCAUCAAGCCCUCCGUGAAAGGCGCUUUGGACAAGUGCUGUCAGACGUUCAAGGAAGAUGAUGGUACAAAGUUCUUGCUGUCCCCUUGCCAUGACAUCGUGGACAACUUCACCGGCAGUUUCGCAGAGGGUGCCAAGGAGUGCAAGAAGAAAGGCAUCCACAGCGACGUGCAGAAGCCGGUGAUGCUCCUGUCCUCGGCAUCUGCUACCAUGGAUGGCAUGGGCUAUGGAGCUGUCAAAGGUAGCCAGGCCCCAGCCAAUGACAGGAGCCAUGUCGGAAAGUUGGCCUCUUUGUGGCAUGCCUUCCACUCUUUCUGCGUUUCCUCCCGUGGUAUGCGGGUUCUCCUCGCAAGCGAGGCGGAAAGAGCCACAACAAGUGGCUCCACCGCGCAGGACGCUUUGGCCAAGGCUGAAGCUGAGAUCGCAGACCUGCAAGAGCGGAUGGCGAGGAGCCGCGGAGAGGCGGAGGUUGCGCACAAAAACGCAGCUGUGGCACGCACGCAAGAGGCGAAGUCAUCUGAAAGUGCUGACCAGCUCCGCGAGGCUUGCGCACGCUUCGCUGAAACGGUGAGGAAUUCCACGCAGAAAUGGCUCUCCAGCCUCCCAGAGUCUCUGGCGCCUCUGCCCGGUAACGCCUCGCAGGGCCGCGAAGCCCCCGAGGAGAUGCCCCCACCAGCGGCUCCGGCUGUCCCAGCGGCUUCGGUGAAUCGAGCAGUCCCCGCUCCAGAAGGCCCCGGUACCAACGAUGAGGUGGUCGUGGAUUCCGCACCCAGCCAGGCCGCCGACACGCAGUCACCGCCCUCGAACGAGGAGCCGCCGCUGCCGCCGCCCGCGGAGCCUCCAGGUGACCGCAUCUCUGAGGGGCGGCCUCCCGAGAGGCUGUGGAGCGUGGCC